AUGAACUUUGUUAAGAUCUCAUCUCUCCUCUUGCUGGCCACCCAGGCUACUGCACAUGGCCUGAUUACCCGUAUCAAAGGCGCGAACGGUGUUGAGAUGCCGGGACUAACAGUUGUUGAUGGAACACCACGCGACUGCCCCUCUGCUGUGUGCGGCGGGCAGAAAGAUACCGCAGUGAUCCGAGAUCAGGAAAUGGGAAGCAUUAAGGCAUCGGCUUUGGGCCGCACUCUGGUUUCUGGUCCUGUGGACCCCAAGAGAGUAAUCGUGCAUUUCAUGACAGCUAAGACCGAGACACGGGCUCACACCCGCCAUUUUCCUCAAGCCCGCCAACUGAUCAACGACGCGGCUAGUGUCGUCACUAAUGCCGGUGGAGCUAUUCUCAAUGGCGCUCAGGAUCUUGCGGACAAAACGCCUUUUGGUGGUGCUAUCAAGGGUGCGCAAUCAGCUGUUGAUGACGUGGCGGGUGCUCUACCACGGACCAAAUCUGGCGCAGUAACACCCAGUGGUACUGUAGAGAAAGGGAUCGAGGAUUAUGCUGGCAAAGGUUCUGUCAAUGGAUUGCCCUCCGUUUCUGACGUGGGAGUCAUCACGAUGAUUUAUCAUCAGGUAAAUCAAGACGGUGCAGGUCCUUUGUCAGCGGACAUCGACGCAACGAGUGGAGGUACCGACUCUAAAGCGUUCAAACCAGCCAAAGUUAUCCAAAACAUUCCAGGCGUCGCAGGAUUUUCAACCUCCAGCACCAUGGAUUAUGAGGUUAAGGUUCAACUGCCCUCGGGGAUGAAGUGCACCGGCGUUGUUGGUAACAUCAAAGAUGUCUGCAUCGUGCGGGUCAGAAACAAUGCCAUUUCAGGCCCUUUUGGGGGUUCGGCUGCUUUCACAAACUGA